UGAAAUGUGGACUUGAAGAGUUCAUUUUUUUCUGGCUCCUACUCAUACCCAAACAAUGGGAAGAUGAUUCCUGAUUCCCUUUUCACCUGUGAAUCAUUAACUACGUUAGACUUUCAGUUUACAGAACAAGAUGGACUCGAUCUUCCGGAAUCAAUUUCUCUUCCAAGGCUUAAAAUCCUCCGGCUUACGAAUAUUGUAUAUGAUGAUGAGAAAUUGGCAGGGAAACUCUUUUCUAGUUGCCCAGUACUUGAAGAAUUGUGUUUGACUGAUUGUAGUUGGCAGAAUUUUUAUUUCAUACGUGUUUCAGCUCCUAGGUUGAAGUCCUUCACUCUAACUGGUUGUCUGAGAAGUAAUAUGGAAGAUGUCAAGGUCAAGAUUGAUGCACCAAAUCUGUCAUCCUUCACUUUCUGCGAUUGGCUACCAGAAGAUUUUGUUGUGGAUAGUUUUCCAUUGCUGCAUGAUGCAGAUUUAUACUACAACUAUGGCGACAUAGAGAGCAGAUUUCGUCCUAUAUCUAAGUUUGUAACGAAGCUCUGCAACGUAAAGGUCUUGAAAAUAUCAGGUGCUUACUUUAAGGUCAAAUUUAGUGGCAAAGUCGACGAGAGCACUUUGACAUUUGACAAAGUGCCUAGUUGUAUGGAGUGCCUUAAGUCAAUCGAAUUUCAGAAGUUCAAUGGGUACCCAAAGGAGCUAGAGAUGGUUAAAUUUGUUCUGAAGCAUGCAAGAGUUCUUCAAACGGUCACCAUGGAAACUUCAUAUACUGUGGGGAGUUACAUGGAUCCACGCAAAAAGGAGAAGAAUCUUAAAGCUGUGGAGGUUGAAGCUUUGAAUUGGAAAAUUACAACGCAGUUAGGAAUGUCACCAUGGGCUUCAGCAGGUUGUGUCCUUAAAUUUUCUAGUUCGUAAGUCUUGUUUUUGCUGCUGGGAUUCUCAAACGUCGCCUUUGCGUUGCACUACUGCAAUGGCCUGGCGCACCCCCACCAAAACUAAGAUAAACAUUUGGUACUAGCUUGUCUAUGCACACGCUGUCAAUAUUUUUCAAUAAUCUUGAAUA